GUUGACUAUUUGGUAGUUAUGCAUGCCAAAAAGUUUACAAUAAAUAAACUAAAUGGAUUCUAAACUUUCUAUUAGUUCUGGUCGCUCUCUCUCUGUCUCUCUCUCUCUCUGUCUCUAUUCAUUCUCUCUUUAUUAUCACCUCAGUACCCCUUCAAUCAGGCUUUGCCUGCGCCCCCUCAGUCCUCCCCCUUCUCAGCUAGUUGUGUCAGACACAUUUUUCAGUGUCCAGCAGCAAGUGAUUUUCUCGUUCAUUCGUCCUUUUUUCCUUCCGCUUCUUUCUCUCUUCACGGUGUAACUCUUCAUCCUCUUCUGUGGCAUGUGAUGGCCUCUCUCUUCCACAAUUCAGCUUGCUGGACCAAUUCAUUGAGAUACAAAAAAGGACCAAGAAUUAUUUUUUCUUUGUGAAUAUUUUUGUAUUCAUAUAUUUUUCAAGCCGUUCAGCUACUUACUUUUUAAUACUUGGAUUUUCACCAUUUCUACAUUUUUACUGGUGUGUCUAGACCAGCUUUCUCAUUGUGUGAGUGUGUGUAGCCUGUGGAGAGGAGGGUGAAAGCAUGGACCUUGUUUGGAUAACGGUGUCUCUUUCUCUCUUUUUAAAGUGUGUAGAGUGCGCAGGAACUGCAAAAGAAUGGACAUAUGCAGGUGCAGUGGGACAGGCAGAAUGGGCUGAGUUUUUUCCUGACUGUGGUGGUUCUAGUCAGUCACCCAUAAAUUUGGACAAAUCACAAACACGACAUGACCCAACGCUAAUCCCUGUGCAGCCCCUGGGAUACAACCAGCCUGGUAACAGACCGUUCACCCUCUCCAAUAAUGGCCAUACAGUGCAGAUGACAUUGCCACAUUGGAUGGGCUUGGCUGGGUUGCCAUGGCAUUAUAGUGCUGUACAACUGCACUUGCACUGGGGUAAUGGAGUGGGCAAAGCUACAGGAAGUGAACACACCAUUAAUGGACAGAGCACUUCUGCAGAGCUCCAUAUUGUCCAUUACAAUGCAGAGGUUUAUGCUAAUAUGUCACAAGCUAAGACCCAAGAAAAUGGCCUGGCUGUGUUAGGGAUCCUAAUUGAGGCAGGCGAAGAGAUUAAUCAGGCAUAUGGUAGUAUUCUCAACUAUCUGGGUCGCAUCAGAUAUGCAGGCCAAAAGGUGGCUAUCCCUGCAUUUGAUAUACAGUCACUGCUGCCUGACAACCUCAGCCAAUAUUUCCGCUACAAUGGCUCACUCACUACUCCACCCUGCCACCAGAGUGUCCUCUGGACCAUCUUCAAUGAAAGGGUGAAAAUCUCUCAUUCACAGCUAAUGAAAUUAGAGACAGUGUUGUACUCCAGCAAAGCAGAAGAAGCAGAGCACAUGGUUCUCCAGGAUAACUACCGUGCCACCCAGCCACUUAACCACAGAACUGUCCUGUCCUCUUUCAUUCCUGUCUCAGUUAAAAUUUAUACUGCAGGUGAAAUCACAGCAAUUGUGAUCGGGUCCCUGUGCGGAUGUAUAGGUCUGGCUGUUAUCAUCUACUUCAUUGUGAAAACUAUUCGCUUAACGUCGAGCUGGGAUGUCCUUCCAAGUAUCCGACCUGCUCCUCAGCCCAGAACACAAGAUGUGGCAAAAGAACACAAACAGGAUAUGGCUUUAAAGAUUACUUCUAAUCCAGGAAAACCAGAGGAAGAUACCCCUCAGCCUGAAUCUUGAUUCUUAACCUUCUUAAUACACCCAGUGUGUAUCUUGGCCUUUUUGUCUUGUGAAAGUGCAUGAGAAAAUAUAUACUUUUAACUGUGUCUCCAAGUAUCUUCUUCUCAUUUCUUAGUAAAUGGUCAUUUUAAACCCUUUUUCUUAAUUUGCACCUUUUUCUCUGUUAUAUCAUAGUUCAAGUUAGGGGGUCUGUAUGGCCCUCACAGUGUGCUGUUUUGUGUAGAUACUUUCUCACUUUUGCAUUCUCUUCACCACAGCUGUAUCAGUUAGCCUUUAUUAAAAUGAUCUCUUAUGACUGUGAAUUUCACCUGUACAUACUAUAACUAAAUUUGUAGAUUACUGAAAUUCUAUCAUGAUUGCCCCCUGUGGGAAAUGUUUUGAUUCUACUACUUUAGGCAGAUACAAACUGACUCUUGUAUGUGUUGGAUGACAUGUAAACACUGUGAAUCACUAAAAAGGAUAACCUUUAACCAUUUAAUUAGCACUGAUCAAGUGGGUUAGGACAGCUCACUCUCCCUGAGCAAGUCACAAUAAGCUGGGAAAUUGCAGCAUCAGUAGCAACACUGGCAGGUACUUGGCUCUGAGAUCCUAAUACAAGUGAACAGCAAGUUAAAAUGGCAAGAGGUGACUAUAAUCAUCUUCUAAACUUUCAGUGGGUAUUGAACAUAUAGAAAGUGACCUCAAAUUCCAAUGUACUGUGUUCAUUGAGAGGUUACCACUACGCUCUGUUUCUUUUUAGUUUCUGUUCCUGUUUUCCUUAGUUCCCUAGCUAGUCUCCUAGCUUGUUAGUUCAUCACACCAGUUUUUGUUCUCCCUGAUUACUCCACAUGUAUUUAAGCCCUGAGUUUUCCUUUGUCCCCUGUGUGGUAUUGUCAAUGUCUUAGGGUGUUUUCAGACCUAGUUUGUUUAACCCUUUCAAACGCUCUCAGAGAGUUUCAGCGUGUAUGUGAACAAACCAAGCGAUCUCAGACCCCCCUAAAAGGACCCAAAAGCGAACCGUACUCAGACACCCUCUAGAGGUAGUUCUGAGUAGUUCAUUUGUGGGUCCGUUUGUGGUUCGAUUGCUUCGUGAUAUGUGAAUCGAGGUCCCGCUGUUCCGUUUUUUCUGUCACUGCUGACAACAAGGUCCAUUUGCGAUCGCGUUCCAGGGGGAAUGCUUAAUAUGUCUGUGAUAUAAAAUAAAUAUCGCAUACCUUUGUUACACUUAAUGUAAACUACUAAUGAUCACUAGCAGCAUGUAAUCUUGGUUAAUGUUAAUAUUUACUAACCCAUUACAUUUAUAUUUUAUAUAGCCUAGUAAGUUCCAUAGGUUUUUUGUAUGCAUAGAAAAAGUUGGCAAUAUUCAGCCGCUAUUUUGUUUCAACUUCCAUGUUCUCCAUUCAGUAAAUAAUAAUAAACGUUAUUUUCUUUUAUUAUUUAUAUAUAUAAAACCAUCGCUCAUUUUCUAAAAAAAAAAAAAAAAAAAUCCAGCUGCUCUGUCAGGAGCAAGAGCAGCAAUCUCUCGAGUACCACACCCGAGGAUUCCUACAGCUGGCAUUCUAAACAGAUUUUCCAGACCGCUGCCUGAUUGUCUUUUAUUAUGCCAUCUUGAAUGUGGAAACUUAAGCAUGCCUGCCCGGUGUCAGUCCUUGGAGGAAUUUCGCUGUGUUUGUGGAGUGGGUUCUGGUGAAUGAUGGAUCUCCGUUCACCAUCGCCCUACUGCACGGACAUGACGCCAGAGCCCACCGCAGACAGAGAGUUUGAGUGUGCUGCGAUGCAUGAGUCAGCACCUAUAAAGAGAACUGAGCCAAACAUUGCCCCGGAGCCCGAGAGUCACGAAAUGUCUGAACAGGUGUGUGAGCCGGUAUUCUGUCAAAUAAUGCUAUCAAAUAGAUUGUGCUACAAACACUAUAUUUACAUAUUUUUAAGGGUAGGGGUAGGUAUGGAUGUUAAUAAAGCCUCAAACCACAAGAAUAUGAUGCUGGUAGCACAAUCUGAUGGGUAGGCAUUGUUUGCUAUUGAAUAUUCGCUAUCCCAUUAAAGCAGUGGGUAGCACAAUCUGAGUAGUAGCACAAAUCGUCAGAACAGCCUGCAACAUCAUGUGCUGCCGCAGGAGUAUUAGUGGUGUGUCACAGAAUGGAGGAAGGCCCUGCCCACACUCCCACCACUGAGGGUGAGCUGAAGUUGGCUUCAGUAAUAUAUUUUGUAAUGGAAGAGGAUGUGUUCCUAGAUCUCUCGCCCCUGCUGGUUCCGCCCAGCUCGCUUGGCUCCACCAGAGACCAUCAUCUUUAUGGCUCCAACAGGCUCUCUUGUCCCUCCGGCUAUGCCUUGGUCAGACGUCACUCUGCCUGUGCCAUGGACUUCUGAGCUGUCUGCUGCACUCCGUCUCUCCACCCCUUCGGGUCUGUCUGGUUCCACCUUCCCUCCAGCUCCAUUUCAGUCCUCUAGCACCCUGGCUCCACCUUUGACACUUGUCACUGCGGCUCCGCCUCUGCCUACAGGACCAUCGGUGUCGCCCGAUCCCAUCUGCUCUCUGUCAUUGCCUUGGGCUCCACUUCCAUCAACUCCGUCCAUUGUCAUCUGGUGUCAACAGCCAAGCCUCCACCAUGGCUCCUCCCUCCCCUAACUCUGCCAUGGGCUAUCGUCGUGGUUGUUAUCUGGGUCCCAGUCUGGCUGUUCUUGCUCCUGGCUCCUCUCACCAUCAUCACCGCCCUGGUCUCUCCUGCCGCUAGCGCCACUCAUUUCUUGUCUUUCAUCUGCUCCACAUCCCCCUCCAAAUCCCCUUCCAAAUCCCCUACCCUCCCUCCUCAGUUGGACUGUUAUAGCAUAAGGACACGCCUUUCCAGAGGGGGGUGUACUGUCACAUGUGUGCUCUGUUUUUUUAGUUUCUGUGUUCCCAAAUUCCUUAGUUCCUUAGUUAGUCUCCUAGGUUGUUAAUUAGUUCAUCACACCUGUUUCUGUUCUCCCUGAUUACUCGACAUGUAUUUAAACCCUGAGCUUUUCAUUUGUUCCCUGUCUGGUAUUGUCAACGUCUUCAUUAAUGUGGUUGGGUUUAUUCUCCUGAGAUCUCCUGAGUUUUCCAUUGUGGAUUUAUUAAAGACUCGUUUGUUUCCA